AUGGCUCUGUGUUCUCGGUUUGUGGUGGUGCUGCUUUACGGAUGGAGUUAUCUGUGCGUUGGAUACUGCGCGAUGCUGAAAACGGACACUUUGGCCGACAGACGGAAGGUGGAUUUUACGCAUUCGGAGGAUAAAAAGCACCCCGACAAGGACACCCAGGACCUGCUUUUACAGGAUACAAUGACGGAACACAUGCAGAUGCUUUACGCCAAGUACAACCGGCUGGAUUUCUUCAAGGACGGCAACACUGUCCGCAGUUUCAAAGCGCACUGGGGUUCGAUCAACCAGAAGCAGCUGCAGGUGUUCAACCUGACCUCGCUCACCAAGUCCGAAGACGUCCUGUCCGCCACGCUGCAUUACUACAUCGGGGACCUCCAGAACGCCACCCAGGGCUGCUCCCGCUCCCGGACCUGCGGGCGCCACGGCCCCCGGAGGCACAACCACAUCCACAUGGUCAUCUGGAGCUUCGCCUCCGUGGACAACAAGAUCCGGACUCUGGGCCACGUGCGGAUCAACGUGUCCACGCUUUACCGGGACUUCAUCUCGUGGCAGUGGAAGGACGUGACCCGCGUGGUCAACCAGGCCAAACGCCACGACGAGCUGCUCAUCGGGAUCGACGUGGCGUCUCAGGGGCCGCAGCCGUGGAAACAGCUGCUGUCCGACCGCUCGCCGUACAUCCUGGUCUACGCCAACGACUCCGCCAUCUCCGAGCCGGAGAGCGUGGUCGCCACGCUGCAGCGGCGCCACGCGGUGGGAGGCGCCUCCGACGCCGCCGCCUCCGUCGCUCAGAGCUUCCACAAACUGGGAUUGCAUGAACGAAACGACACCGAACAGCAGCCGAGACGCAAGAGAUCGGUGAACGUUCUGCUGCCGCUGCAGAACAACGAGCUGCCGGGGCCGGAGUACCCGUACGAGACCGCCGGCUGGGACGAGACGAGUCCGUACGAGCCGUUCGAGAGCAAACAGGCGCGUCGGCCGCGUAAAAAGACUCGCAAGAACCAGCGGCACAAGAUGCCCCUGCUGCAGUUCGACGAGCAGACGAUUAAAAAGGCGCGUAAGAAGCAGUGGAACGAGCCCAGGAACUGCGCUCGCAGGUACCUCAAAGUGGACUUCGCCGACAUCGGAUGGAGCGAAUGGAUUAUAUCGCCCAAGUCGUUCGACGCCUACUACUGCUCAGGGUCCUGCCAGUUCCCCAUGCCCAAGGCCCUGAAGCCGUCUAACCACGCCACCAUCCAGAGCAUCGUGCGGGCGGUGGGCGUGGUCCCGGGCAUCCCCGAGCCGUGCUGCGUCCCCGAGAAGAUGUCCUCCCUCAGCAUCCUCUUCUUCGACGAAGACAAGAACGUGGUCCUAAAGGUCUACCCCAACAUGACUGUGGACUCCUGCGCCUGCAGAUAGUGUCUCUUAUUUUGUGUCCCCUUCUACGCCCGUUCACAUAAAAACUCAUGUCGUACAGAAAAGAGAAAAAAAAACAACAACACAACAAACGCAGCCAAAAAAACCCAAACUCUCUCCUCCUGUUUCUUUAGUCGUUCCUCAUCCACUAACCCAUCGAACAGCUUCCCUUUUUGCACUGGAGGAGAGUUCUGCCUGUUGUUCCAGGUGAAGAGGAGACCGGUCCGGUUCUCGGGAAGGAACCGAUCGUGGGAGUUUUCCUCGCGGAAGAUAACUGGAAUGGAAAAAUCUCCAUGCUCCCAAACUCACUCUCAAAGAUCAAAGAUAUAAAACAUACAGAUCGAGGCCUGAGAAAGACAAUAACUGAAGGAAGAAGAAGAAAAAAAAAUCACUUUUCAGGAUAUUUUCAGUUUGAAGUGAUGCCUCAAACUCAUCUUUCGGGUCGUCUUCGGUCAUUACGUCACCUAUGCUCGCACUUGCAUGGUUUUUUGUUACUAUUUUGUAUGUAUUUAUGUCUGUACUAUCACUGUGUUAUUCACUAUAUGAGAAGUUAUUGUAUAAUUAUUGGCUUGGCUGCUAUAGAGAGAUAUAUUAGAUUUCCCAAAGCCAGAUUUUUUUUUUCGUGACGUACAGUAGACGGUACAGUAGAUAGCCGUACAUAUCUGUGUUUAGCUCUUGUACAGAGCCCACAUCUUAAAAAAAGAGUUUAUUAUGAGCGGAAGUGUAAGCUACUUUUCAUUUGUGGUCUUCAUUAACAGCUGGAAUAGGGAGUUUUUUAUCCAAUAAACCAUUGCUUCGCCAAGAAAAUGUUUAAAACCAAAAAGAUAAAGGGAUAAAACUAUGGGCUGAAAUAUGUGCCAGAGCCAGAAACUGAAUUUGAAUUAUUUA